GUAAAAUCGAUAAAAAAAAUCUAAAACAAAAUCUUAGAAGUCCAUUGAAAUAAGAAAGCAAAUCCAAUUUGACACUCCCCGGCGUCAUCUUUGAUACAUCUUUGUCCCCAAGCCACCGCCAUCCCCUUCGAUAUUAGGAAACCCUAAUUCCACAAUUCCCUCUCACAGACUCAAUUUCGUAAUUCCAACUUUUUUUCAUCGUCCUCGAAGUUUGAAAUCAUGGCUGGGCAGGCACCGGAAGGAUCAGUAUUCGAUGGUCGUCAAUAUGAUGCUAAGAUGAACGAGUUACUUGGACCUGAUGGGCAAGAGUUUUUUACUUCUUAUGACGAAGUUUGUGAAAGCUUUGAUGCUAUGGGAUUGCAGGAGAACCUUUUGAGGGGUAUUUAUGCAUACGGUUUUGAGAAACCCUCUGCCAUUCAGCAAAGGGGGAUUGUUCCUUUCUGCAAGGGGCUUGAUGUAAUCCAGCAAGCACAAUCUGGAACUGGAAAAACUGCUACCUUUUGCUCUGGAGUUUUGCAGCAGCUUGAUUACAGCUUAGUUGAGUGCCAGGCACUAGUUCUUGCACCUACUCGUGAACUUGCACAACAAAUUGAGAAGGUCAUGCGAGCCCUAGGGGACUAUCUAGGUGUCAAGGUUCAUGCUUGUGUUGGUGGGACCAGUGUUCGUGAAGAUCAACGCAUCCUUUCAAGUGGGGUUCAUGUAGUUGUUGGUACUCCUGGUCGUGUAUUUGACAUGCUGCGCAGACAAUCUUUGCGCCCUGAUUACAUCAAGAUGUUUGUAUUGGAUGAGGCAGAUGAGAUGCUCUCUCGAGGUUUUAAGGAUCAGAUCUAUGAUAUUUUUCAGCUACUGCCUCCUAAGAUUCAGGUUGGGGUAUUCUCUGCCACAAUGCCUCCAGAAGCGCUGGAAAUCACUAGGAAGUUUAUGAACAAACCUGUGAGGAUUCUUGUAAAACGUGAUGAGCUUACUCUGGAGGGGAUCAAGCAGUUUUUUGUCAAUGUAGACAAGGAGGAAUGGAAGCUAGAAACACUAUGUGAUCUUUAUGAAACUUUGGCAAUCACCCAGAGUGUUAUCUUUGUGAACACUAGACGCAAGGUAGACUGGCUGACAGACAAAAUGCGGAAUCGUGAUCACACAGUUUCAGCCACCCACGGAGAUAUGGACCAAAACACAAGGGAUAUCAUCAUGAGGGAAUUCCGCUCUGGGUCCUCCCGUGUUCUUAUCACCACAGAUCUUUUGGCCCGUGGAAUCGACGUCCAACAAGUCUCACUUGUUAUAAAUUAUGAUCUGCCAACUCAGCCAGAGAACUAUCUCCAUCGAAUUGGUCGUAGUGGUCGGUUUGGGAGAAAGGGUGUUGCUAUCAAUUUUGUGACCAGUGAUGAUGAAAGGAUGCUGCUUGACAUCCAAAAGUUCUAUAAUGUGAUGGUUGAGGAGCUGCCGGCCAAUGUAGCUGAUCUCAUUUGAUUUGGUCACCCCUUCAUUUGUUGAUUGGUAUGAUUUUUAUCAUGGAGGCCUGUCACUAUUUCCUUUUUCAUGGUCCAGGCAGGGCCUUUCUCUGGCAAGACUUGAACUUAACUCCAAACCGGUGAUUUUGAAAUGAUGGGCAUUCUUCUCUAAUUUUGGGUUUAGCAGAAUGCGUUGCUGCAAUUUUGUUGCUUGCUUGUUUGUGUAUCUGUUUUACUACAGAUUGUAGAUUGCCUCUUUUUGUGUGUUUUGUUUUUAAUAUAUCCGCGAGAUGGUUGUGUAUAUUUGAAACCUUUUUUAUGUUAUGCUGGAAAUAUACUGGACUUAUUAUAUUAUCACCCUGUUCAUUUGA